AUGGCGGCGGUCGAGGGGACGACGAAGAAGAAGGUGAUCAUCGACACCGACCCCGGAAUCGGUAGUCCACUAACCGAACCACUGUUCGACGGAGCAGACGACGCGAUGGCCAUCUUCGUGGCACUGCGGUCGCCGGAGAUGGAGGUGCUGGGCCUCACCACUACCUUCGGCAACGUCCACACCGCCCUCGCCACGCGCAACGCGCUCCACCUGCACAGAAAGCUGAGGAUCGCAAGCUUCGUCCACGGUUCAGACGGCCUGGGAAACCAGGACUUCCCUCCACCGGCUACCAAGCCUGUAGAUCAGUCGGCUGCUGCCUUCCUGGUUGAGCAGGCAAAUCUGUACCCUGGACAAGUUACCGUUGUCGCCCUCGGUCCACUUACCAACCUUGCUCUGGCAGUCAAGUUUGACCCUUCAUUCCCAAAGAAGAUAGGGCAGAUUAUUAUUCUUGGCGGUGCGUAUUCAGUUAAUGGAAAUGUGAACCCUGCAGCUGAGGCAAAUAUAUUUGGCGACCCUGAUGCGGCAGAUAUUGUGUUCACCUGCGGUGCUGAUAUUUUGGCCGUGGGACUGAAUAUAACCCAUCAAGUAGUUCUAACUGAUGCUGACCGGGAGAAGCUUGAACAGUGUGAUAGCAAAUAUGCCCGCUACUUAUGCAAGAUAAUGGGCAUUUAUUUUGAUUACCACAAGGAUGCCUACUUCAUAAAAGGAGUGUAUCUUCAUGAUCCAACAACGCUUAUUGCUGCGGUGAAUCCAUCACCACUGACUUACACAGAAGGUGUUGUGAGGGUACAGACGGUUGGACUCACAAAAGGCCUUACUGUUUUCGAUAACACCAAGAAAAGGUAUGGAGAGAUCACAGCCUGGACUGGCAUGCCCACCGUGAAGGUCGCUGUCACCGUCGAUGCUUCUGCCGUGGUAGAGCUGAUGAUGCAGAGGCUGAUGACCGAUGACUAG